CAACACCUAUAUCGAGAUAAAACGGAUCUAUCCCCAUAGCUAUCAUCAUUAAACAGCAUAAUAUCGAAAUGUCGACACUGCAAUACUUCAACGAAAAGGGGGCCGGCCAGAAGCACAGUGAUGCUUGUCAUUACUCACAAGCUGUGAUCGUGGGUGAUGUUGUCAAGUGCGCUGGGCAGGGCGGGUGGGACAGCGAGGGCAAUCUGGACAGCGAUGACUGGCAAGGGCAAAUCGACAAUGCUUUUGACAACGUUGACCGUGUGCUUCAAGCGGCAGGAUUACGUGGUUGGGAAGACGUCUACCUGAUUCGAAGCUAUCAGUUGGAUAUUGCCAACCACUUCGAAUACUUCGUUGAGAAGCUCAAAAACCGCAUCCCUGGACACCGUCCUAUCUGGACCGCUUUGAGCGUUCCCAAACUCGCUUUUCCUCCAAUGUUGGUGGAGAUCGAGGUUGAAGCAUAUCGUAGUAAGCAAUGAGGAUGCUACUCGAGUACGAUAUUGGUAUGAAGAAUUUCUGGUCAGUUCGGAUCAAGGAGACAGCCUGCUACCGAGGCCGGGGAUGUUGCCGAUCUCCAACUUCCCCAAUUCAAGCUACAAGUUUCUCCAACC